UCAUGCUGCUGCCAAGUCCAGAGUCUCUCAUGGGUCCCUGUACGGCCUCCCAUUGCUGCUGUCUCCAUCGCCACACUCUGCUGCUGCAUGUGCCACUUUCAGGUCUCUUCACACUGCUGGUGUGUUAAAUUUUUUGACAUAGGGUGCAGGCAGAUUACGGGCCUCACAUAGCUGCUGCCAGGCCCCUAAUCUGCCAUGGGCCCCUAUAUACCGCCUCCUCAUGCUGCUGCCAAGUCCAGAGUCUGUCAUGGGUCCCUGUACGGCCUCCCAUUGCUGCUGUCUCCAUCGCCACACUCUGCUGCCAUGUGCCACUUUCAGGUCUCUUCACACUGCUGGUGUGUUAAAUUUUUU